CGAAAAAGAUCUUAAAACAUCAUUGUCUUGACGAUAAAAUCAGCCAUUGAUUCAGUGUGCUCUGACCGCUCGACUCGAUUAGACAACACAACAAAGUUCAGCACCAUGGCGGAUGAGAAGAAGAAGGUUAAGAAGAAGAAGACCAAGGAAGAGGGUGGUACUUCCGAAACCGCUUCUGAGGCUGUGUCUGAGGCAGCAACCCCCGCACCAGCUGCCACUCCUGCCCCAGCUUCUGCUACUGGUUCGAAGAGAGCGUCGGGCGGCUCGCGUGGCUCCAAGAAGUCGAAGCGUGCUGGCUCCUCGGUGUUCUCUGUCUUCUCCCAGAAGCAGAUUGCCGAAUUCAAGGAAGCCUUCCAACUUAUGGAUGCCGACAAGGACGGUAUUAUUGGCAAGAACGAUUUGCGCGCUGCCUUCGAUUCCGUCGGCAAGAUCGCCAACGACAAGGAGUUGGACUCCAUGCUGGGCGAGGCCUCUGGUCCAAUUAACUUCACCCAAUUGCUGACCUUGUUCGCCAACCGUAUGGCCACCUCUGGUGCCAACGAUGAAGACGAAGUUGUUAUUGCUGCCUUCAAAACAUUCGAUAACGAUGGUCUCAUCGAUGGUGAUAAAUUCCGCGAAAUGCUCAUGGGCUUCGGUGACAAAUUCACCAUGAAGGAGGUCGAUGAUGCCUUCGAUCAGAUGGUCAUUGAUGACAAGAACCAAAUCGAUACCGCCUCCCUGAUUGAAAUGCUCACUGGCAAGGGUGAUGAGGAGGAAGAGGAAGCCGCCUAAGCAGCUGCAGCCCCGUACACAUCCUAUCUCUAACUCAGCAUCCAUAUUACAACCAAAAACUUUUAAAAUCGUCAAAAAAAAAAUAAUAAACGUAAUUAAAAGAAAUGCUCGUUUUACAUAUGUAAAUUUUAAAUAUUUAUAUAAUCUCUUUUUGUUAACCAAAAAACAUAACACAACACCACCACCACUACAAAUUACCAAAGAAAAUACUCUUAACUUCUUCAACAAGAACAACGAUAAUUUGGUAGCAAACAACAACAACACACCAUGUACCAAGUUCCACGUAUCAUUUUAGGGAUACUUUAAAUCCAAAUGUCAAAGCGCCAUCUUGACAGCUAGUUUUCUAGUUGAUUUAUUAUUAAAUUUUACACAUAAAAUUUAUAAAUAAUUGAAAUCUAUUUUAUUUAAAAACACUUAUGAAAGAAAAAUCAACAAAAAAACUAAAAAAAAAAACAAAAAGAAAAUUUAAUAUGUUUAUUUUAAUUGCUGUUCGUUGAAGAAUCACAGAGAAAGAUGAGCAGAUCAAAGGCGGUGUGGUAAUCACACCACAGCCACGCCCAGUGGGUAGCUACAUAAAUAGAUACAUAGACUAGGCCUUGGCCCACAUUUGUUAGUUACUUUUUUUUUCAGAGGUUAAGGAGAGAGAGACAUACAAUUUCGUUAGAGUAAUUUCAUCUGAGAGCUAAAUAUAUACAAAUAAAAAUAUCUAUCUAAAUACAGAGAAUAUCUACAAAACUAAUAUAUUAUAUUAUUUAUGACUAUUUAUCUAUCUCUAUCGUUCGUUAAACAAUUUCAAUAUAUAAAUACAUAUAUCAAAAUACAAAGUUAUUGAGAGUUAGCCUAAAUGACAACCAUAUAAACAUAAAGUUCAUUCACUAAAAUUGUUUUAUGCGAAUUUACAUAAUUUUUAACCAAUCAUCAAUUUUUCUGCUUAUGAACUAUCAGCGUUUUAACAAAAAAUUGUUUCUAGUUUAUGCGUUCAAAAGUAUCGAAAAGUUAUAGUAAAGUUGAUUUUAUUUUUUUGAAAAGUUCACGUUUAUGAUUUCCUAACUAAGGAGGCGGCCUUUCGCCAAAUCGAAACGAUCCAAAUCGCUAUGAUUAUGAUAUAAGGGUCAAGUUAACGGGCGGACUUGACACCUAAUUCGUUACAAUACCAUUGUACAAUGCAUAUAGCGACUAUAGUUAUAUGAUCCUGAGUUUCAAGAGCGAACAAUCUCCCCCGCGAGGGCAGAAUCAUUGUGGGUGCAUCAGUACCAGAGAAAAUAAAACAAAAGGAAAGGAAAGGGAAUAUUGAGAAGAGAGAAGCAUAUCUAGUAGUUUUGAUACAAUACACAAAUAAAAGUACUUGCCCUUAUUUCUUAAAAGGCAGUACCAUCACUUUACACUUUACUUAUGUACUAAUAACAUCAACAACAACAACAACAACAAAUGAAAGAAAAGAACAAUUACUAAACACCAAAUUCAAUAUGCAACAAGUUGUUAAAUGCGAAAUCUUUACUUCAGUAUAAAAAAAAAUCUUUUUUUUUAACCCGGUCAGAAAUAUUAUAACACAAAAAAAAUAAGAUACGAAAUGAAGAACUGUUUUUAUAUAACAAUGAUGAUGAUGAUGUUGAUGACUUUGAUGGAAUAAAGCAUAAGUCGUCUAGAAAAAA